GUACAGUACCCCUUCCGUUGUGAGGAUCGCAGUAAGAUCCCAGACGAGCUGCUAGAAGGACCAUUUGAAGACUUCAGCAUUUCGGAGGAUGUCUAUGCGACGUUUUAUUUACUGGCACGCAAUGCCACACCUGAUAUGUACAGCAUCUCACCCUUCAAGAACCCAGAUGUUCGAAUCGCCUGGCUCUACUUGCUAUUUAUUGCUGGUUCCCAGAUCUUCGUGAUCUUGGCGAUCACAGUGCAGAACAGUACCACUUGGAUCGACUGUGGCAACAGCACAGCAGUGGCGGCGUUGCAUCAGAAAGGUCUUCUCUCCUUUCCCUCGCGUGAGUCCUGCGAGUCCGCUGCGUCGCCGGCCCCCACUGGUGCUGAGUGGAUCUUGUUCGGCUUGGUGUGUUACGUAUCUGGAAUUAUCACUGGCGCCUUCCUCACUGCAUUGAUUUGUAGCCAACGGCUGCGGCAUCUUCUUGGUGUGUUGCUCCUUGAAGGCUCCAGAUCCACUGAGUGGCCAGUGCGUGAGGCUGCGGCUGUUCCAGUUCUUAGAAGGACUGGUGGGCUUCUCCUAUGCUUGCCAGAUGGAGCAAUCAGCGCCGAGGAGGAGGCCAACAACCAACUUGGAGAUCUCAUCGCAGAGUUGGGGCCUGUCAAACGGACCUAUGUAUGCUGCCAAGGUCAUGGGGGAGAGCCGACACUAGCUGUUGUCUUCAUCGACGUGCAAGAAUCCAACUAUGGUGUCUUGCGCUAUGCUACCCGGAAACGUGUGGCAUGGGAGGAAGGAACGAUCCAAUUCGUCGAGGGCGAAGAAGUUGCCAGGCCAGAUGGCCCACAGAUCAUCGCUGCUGCUCAAGCUUGGGUAGAAGGCGAAGAUGGACCCACGCCAGAAGAGUACCUCUCUGCCGUCGAGGGGGCGCCUCCUUCCGUACCAAUGCAAAUGCCACCUGGCAUGGACAUGGUGCUGGCUCAGCUUUCUUCCUUGGCAGAUGCAGUCAGCGCUCUGCAAUCCAAUGUCAAAGGUUUGCAAGAGGAACGCCAUUCAUCAUCUCUGGCAGUUGGGGCUCGUGCAAAAGCAGCUUCAAGUGUCAAACCCCAUGCAGACCCCUUGCAGCAACUAGCGCAAUUGGCGGGCCCACCGCCCCGCACCAGAAGUGUGGCGGUCACGGCCGCCAAAGACGUUGCAGACUUAGAUGGGGAGGAGCUGACCGAAGAGGAAGUAGCCCUGCUGGAAGAGGGUCAGUCAGCCCUGAGCACGGACCAGAUGCUGCACCUCGCCUUGGUGAAGGCCUUGGGAAAAGGGAGCAAGUCCCGCAAAAAAGUAGGCUUGGCUUUGGGAGACAGCUCAGACGAGGAGGAGGACGAUCCGCUCAGGAAGUUGAGCGGAGCCCGCGGCACCCUUUUGCAAGAGAAGUUGAGACAAGGGAUGGAUGCAACACCAAUGGCGUACGUGAACUCCAUCGAAAGCAUGGCUGCUGCUUGCCUGGGGCAGACUCAACCCACGCAAGACACAAUGGAGAGGUUUGUGCGGGAAGAGAUGCCAAUUGGAUCCAGCCGGGAUUUGGGCUAUAUGGUUUGGGCUAUUGUCAAGGCUUUGAAUCUGAUGCGGAGCAAGAGCUACGACAAAGCCCAGCUCGUUCUCAUGCUGACCUUGGCAGCGGUGGAGCAGUACAGGCUGGACCAAAAUUGGCAGUCAGCAUGGAGGUUAACGCACCUGGGCCUGCCACCCUUUCAGGAAUGGAAGGUUCGAGAGCAAUCGGUGCAGCAGCUUCGCCUGGAUCAUGCCCACAGUCGCUUGAUUCAUGCAACAUGGGCGGCAGCAAUCACUGCACGUCUCAAGGACGAGGAGGUGCUGAUGAAAAGGCGAGGAGCUCCAAAAGCGUUUCCCCGAGCCGACAAAGGCGGCGACAAAGGCAAAGGCCGUGGUCGCAAGGCGGAACAGGAGGAUAUCCCCUAUGGCUCCAAUCAGGGUCAUGAGAAUCAGAGAUCUAGGUCAACUCCUGCGGUUGUUGUCCCCACGGUGGCAUCUUCCGUGGCUUUCCCGGAAGAGUUGCAAGGUUUUAACCCCUUACCCUUUCUGGAUGAGGAAUUCUCCCGGGCAUACCACGACCCUAGCUGUUUAUUGCAUGGUCAGUACAGGGAGCAGCCGCGGAUGAUGCCACCUGAUGCUGUGUCGGCCGCGACCCGGAGUGAAUUGCUCCAUUUGGGAUGGCGCUGGGAUCAAGUAGAUCGGCUUGCCUUAGCUCUUCCGAGUCCCUGGUGGUCCGUUUCGGAGUGGGAAGGUUCCAAAGCUUUAGCUGAUUUGAAGUCCAGACAUCCCCGGUUGCAUUUGAAACCAUCUGACACCAUCUUCAUGUGCUUUAAAGGUCUUAGUAUGGGGGAUCAUUGGGCACCUGCCUUUGCCCAAAUGGCUCACGAGAACCUCUUAGCGUCUCAUGGGGCUUUGAAACCGGAGGAACAUCUACGUUUUGGGGAAAUCACCCCAAGGGCCCCGUUAGGUCACUUUUCGGGUGUAUGCAUUGAUGACAAGCUUAACCUUCAGCUAACCCCUAAAAAGUUUUGGGAUGUUCCGCUUCGGGAUUCAGAGUCGUGUAAUCAAGUGGACACAGCCUAUGAGACCGCUGGCCUCACCCAUCACCCUAAGAAGCGAUUGCGCAGGGUUCCGGUCACUGUGGCUUGGGGCGCCCAAGUCGAAGGCGUUUGCGGCCUAAUCAGUGCAAAGCGAGAGCGUCUUUGCAUGCUGUCUAUGGCCACGAUGUUUGCUGCGUCAUCUUCUGCCCUCACUCGCACUUUAGUGGAAAAGAUUUUGGGGUUUUGGACAUUUUGUUUCCAAUUCAGACGGUGUCUCUUUAGUUUGAUCCAUGUGCUCUAUGGGAUUGGGGCUUCUAAUGGAUCUGUAGACGCCCCAUUUCGACCCACUAGGGAGGCCAGAGGUGAGUUGCAGCUUUUAAGCAUUUUGGGUCCCACGGCCUUAGCUCAGUUGCGACGUCAGGUCAGUGCAACAAUUUACGCAACUGACGCAGCGCCUGGAGGGGCGGGGGCGGUUUCGUGUUAUGUUGGCGACCGUGUGUCCCAGGAAUUGUUUCGUAGGGCAGAAUCCCAGGGUUUCCACACCAAACUUUUACCUCCUAUCAGUGCUUUUUUUCAAGAGCAAGGGUUGCCAGUGUGCCCGACCGUGGCAUCGCACGAUUUUGAGUUCCAAGCGCCGCCCGCCUUGGAAGGACGCUCCGUGCGUCUGCCUCGGGCCCCUCUGCCCGGCUGGUUCUUAGACUUGCGAGCAGGAAGACAGCUUCUGGACGCUUUUGUGGACUGGAUACAGAAUCAGGAAGCCAGUGCGACCGGAGCUCGUCCUUUCGCAAGUUUGGCCAGGGAGACACCCAUAGUUGUGACGGAGUUGCUGGAAGAAUACGGCCGAGUUCUCUACGCAAUGGUGAGCAUUUCAAUUUCUUGGAAGUGGCACCGCCUAGCUCUGCUGCUUUUGUUGGGCUUUUACGCUUUACUGCGGCCUGCCGAACUUUUCUUCUUGAAGGUCAAGCACUUUGUACUGAGCGAUCUGACAGGUCUAGACAGUGUAGUUCUCAUCCAGUUCGAAGUGGAUGUGCGUGGACAGACCGUGAUGAUGCACACACUUGAGACCUCCACGGAGUUUUACCACCAGGUCUUUGCUUCUGGCAAUGCCACCGUCUUCCUGUUGCGUUUCAUCUGUUGCACCUGGGUCUUUUCUCAGGUGUACCUGCAGGAGUUCAGAAGUGUCAGGGCGCUGCUUCGCUACCACGACUUCAGCCGCUGGUUUCUGCCGCUGAAGGGUGAGGAAGUGCGAAAUUCCUGGGCCAUUUGCAUCCCAAUCAUUCAGUACAUGGUAUUGCAAUGCAUCACCAUCGUGUCUUUCUUGGUGAUUUGCGCCUUCGAUGAGCCCUUCGAUAUCGUGAUGAAUUCCUUGGCCUUCACCUUUAUUGCAGAGGUAGGAAGUGUCUUCAACGAUCCCUUGGUGCAUCGAAUGGCCAAUACCUGCAUCAAGGACCUGCCAGAAGGCUAUCCAGUCAUCAAAUACCUCUACCCAGAGUAUCAGUUGUCCAAUGCCGUCAAUGACGAUGGGACUUACACGGACGGCGGCUGGUACAUUUGCGAAGAGGAAGAGAAGGCUGGGCUGCUGAGCGACUACCGCGUGCGACACAACGAGGCCGCCUAUCCCCAGCAGCAUCAACGAGCGAAGUUCUUGGAGAUUCUCAUCUUCGCUCUGCCGGCCUUCUGCAUUUUUCUAGGUGCUUGGCACAGCCAUUGUCGAGAAGAACCAAACGCAAAGGAGUGCCACCUGGAACGCCUGCGAUUCCUGCGAUUGGAUCUGUAA